GAAAUAAUGAAAAAGUCACCAGAACACAAUGGAGAGGAGAGAGCGAGAGUCGUCAUGUUUACAAGGACCAGAUGUAUCCUCCCCGUGGCCUGCCUUCAAAUAUGUUUCCUUGUGUGUCUCUCCAACGGCAUGUCGGACCAAGAUAUAAGAAGACUAAGGGAGGAGGUGCGAGGGAUGUUCUACCAUGCUUAUGAUGGCUACAUGCGGCAUGCCUAUCCCUACGAUGAGCUGCGGCCUCUCUCCUGUGACGGCCAUGACACCUGGGGGAGCUACUCCCUGACGUUGAUUGACGCCCUGGACACCCUGGCCGUCAUGGGCAACAAGACAGAGUUCCAGCGGGUCGUGGGUCUCAUCCUUGAGAGGACCAACUUCGACGUCAACAUUAACGUUUCUGUCUUUGAGACGAACAUCAGAAUCCUGGGCGGCCUGCUCAGUGGUCACCUCAUGUCCCGAAGGAUGGGCAGCAAGGUGGAGGAGGGCUGGCCUUGCUCUGGGCCUCUCCUAAGGAUGGCGAAGGAUGUGGCAGACAGACUCCUCCCUGCCUUUGACACCCCUACAGGCAUGCCUUAUGGGACGGUGAACCUGCGCGAGGGAGUGCCUGACGGAGAGACCCCCAUUACCUGUACAGCGGGUGUUGGCACCUAUAUAGUGGAGUUUGGCACGUUAUCCAGGCUGACUGGCGACCCUGUGUAUGAGGAGGUGGCAUUAAGAGCACUGCAUGCCCUCUGGAACCACAGAUCAGCAAUCAACCUUGUAGGGAACCACAUUGAUGUCCUGACAGGGAGGUGGACUGCUCAGGACUCAGGAAUAGGUGCUGGCAUUGACUCUUAUUUUGAGUACAUGGUGAAGGCAGCAGGACUCCUGCAACGGCCAGAACUGAUGGCUAUCUUUAAGCAGGCAUGGGCAGCCAUUGAGAAGCACCUGCGCCAUGAGGACUGGUAUUUGUGGGCCACCAUGACCAAGGGCUAUGUCACCAUGGCCGUCUUCCAGUCCCUUGAGGCUUACUGGCCAGGUGUCCUCACUCUUGUUGGUGACGUGAACACUGCACAAAGGAUAGUCUACAAUUACCACCAAGUGUGGAAGCAGUUUGGCUUCACACCAGAGUUUUACAACAUUCCUCAGAGUGAGGCACCAAACAACCGCGAGGGUUAUCCAUUACGGCCUGAGCUGGUGGAAUCCCUGAUGUAUCUCUUCCAGGCCACCAAAGACCACAACUUACUGGAAAUGGCGGCUGACAUUGUGGUCAGCAUCCAGCACUCAGCUAAGACGGAGUGUGGCUAUGCAACGGUGAAGAAUGUCAAUGACCACACUAUAGAGAACCGUAUGGAGAGCUUCUUCCUGGCCGAGACCACCAAGUAUCUGUAUCUCAUCUUUGACCAUGACAACUGGAUACACAACACAGGCAGAAGUGGCCAUGCAGUAACAGUUAAUGGCCGACACUGUGUGGUGGAAGCGGGAGGUUAUGUUUUCAAUUCAGAGGCUCACCCGGUGGAUCCUGGUGCCCUGGCUUGCUGCUCCAUGCGAGAUGAUGACUGGUCACUGUCUUUAGCUGACCAAGUGGCUCUUAUCUUGGACCCAAUGGCACCGUGGAAGGGCCACUUAGGACACAGAUUAAAGGAAGAAAAAGAGGACUGCAACAGUGAUGGCAAGCUGUCAUACCAGGAGGCUAGUCAAGAAGUGGAGGAAAGUGAACUGGAAGAAGCGCCUCGCACUACACAGCUUGGGGAGGGCAGUGUAGUAAUCCUGCAUGGUAAUGGUAAAAUAUUAGCAGCUACAGAGGUUCCCAAAGAAACUAAAAGUGAAGGAGAGAAACCAUUACCUAUCCCAUCAGCAUCAAGGACACCACAGCCUCAGGGGCAGGGUAUGGAUGAGAGCCCCAGCGUGAUAAUUGAUUACGCAAACAAAUACAUUGAGAAAUUAAAGGAAGCCAGUGAAGGGAAGCCUGUGACAAGUGGCUUAGGAAGUAGCAGCACAGCUGAUGGGGAAACUGAAGUAAAGGAAAGGCACACAACUCAUAGGGAGAUUCUGGUAGAUGAUGACAGUGGUUCUUCAGGAAUUAUGAAAAAGGACAGUGUGGGGCCGCGAUUCUCAUCACUGAGCGAAGCAGCCGAGAGAGGGGGCAACACUUCGGGCAUGGAGGCAGCAAGCAUAUCCCCAAGUGUUUCCAGCUCCAAAUACAGCACCUCCCCAGGCAGCCCUCGGAUCAUCCCCAAGACCCCCAAGACUCCAAUCCCACCCAUCAAGAAGGAGUUUGUGCUUGCAGACCUCAAAGAAAGACUUGUUAUUGACCUCAGCAGUUACAGAAACUUCACAAAAACAGCCAGUUACUCCCUGCUCUCCUGCCCUCAUCCUCCCUUCACCAGAAUGCUCAAUUUCAAGGGCCAGAUGUUUUACCCUUGAGGUUCUCUUGUACAUAAUUCCAUUUUGGAGUAAUACAUGAAGUUCAGUCCAGCCAUGGGAGGGAGGGAAUGGUGACUUUGUGAUAUGCAUUUGAGGGGACAGGGUUAGUUAUUUAUAUAAGAAAUUCCAUUGUUAUAUUUAAUUUUUUAUGUGUGUGUGUAUGUAUGUAGCUGAAUAUGUUUGGGCAGUAUAUGCAGUUCAGUGUGUAGAACUUGGCUAAAAACACAGGAGUUACAGAUGUUCAGUUUGUAUUUAUUACUUUAUGGGAUCGCCUGUGAUGUGAAGCCUACUACUUGAUCACACUGUGGUUGAGUUUUAAGAAUACUCUCACUAUUUCUGUGCAAGUCAUAGAUGACAACUAAAACAAAUGGAGAAGUCUGGGAACCUCUUCCCUUACUUUUAUUCCUAGGACUGUAGAGGUGUGUGUCUUGGCUACCUCUCACAUGAAAUGUUGGUCUGAUGUACUGGUAUAGUCUGGUCUGGUCUUGGUUAGCAACCUUUAAGGGAGAUGUCAAGUCAGGUAUAUGGUUCAUAUGGUGAACCUUCCAUUAAGGCACAGAAAAGCCUCUAGUCCUAAUGUCUUCUCAGUAGUUAUACGUGUUGGGAGUUGUGGCCACAUCACUUACUACUGACACUUUUGUUAUCAAAGGGAGCUCUUGGUAAAACAUCAUGUUCCUCUUAUUAGGGUGGGUCUGUUUAAUGAGAGACAACUUUAGUAGUGUGAAGUUUUGCCAGGGAAAAUAUAUAAAUAUAAUAAAUAAUAAUAUUGGUGGUGUUGGAAAAAGAUUUGUACAGGGUGAUACAAAGUUGAAAUCCUUGUUAUAAAAAGAUAAAUCCUUAUUAAUAAUAUAAAAAGAAAGACGUGA